GUUAAGAUAGCAGCGGCCCAAUCACGGGCGGUCCAGACCCAUGAGGAUAAAUGACAAGAAGUGACAAGCGGAGGAGGGGGAAGAAUAACGGCCGGGUUUUUGGAUCCCGGAAGAAUAAUCUUGUCUUCUUUUUUGAUUCUUCCACUCAAACUCUGGGAAAGCAAACCUUCUUCCGCCGUUUUAUAGCGGUUGCGCCGGUUUAGCAGCAUCCUCCCUUGCUCGCGCCAACACCACACCGAAAGAAAAAGUUGCAUCGCCACUAUCCAACCUUUUUUCUCUCCUCCCCCUUGCUCUGGGAGCAGCUCGCCUCUUUUCCUCGCUCAAACGCUUUGCGUCGUCUCCUGGUGCCCAAUCACCUUGUGCGCGAGCAAUUUUUACAGUUCGCCCAUCAUGAGGCGACGAAUGCUCAACAUCAUACUCGCCAUCGUGGCUCUGCUCUUUGUCACAGCCACGUUUCAUUUCGGCAGCGAUAGACUGACGAGCUUGGCGGACGACUCCUAUGCUGUCUCACCUUUUGGUCAAGAAGUCCUCGGCGAUGCCAGCAGAUACCGCGAGAAAGAUUAUAUAGCAAAAGGCAAGAUUUUAUCCCCAGCAAAUAUUACCACCUACCUCAACGCCAUCUUCGAUCGCAAACACACAAAACACGAAAUAUCAUGCCGCCCCAUAAACCACAAACGAUACAAAGAGUUGAGGAACUUACAACAUAGCAAAGGGCGCAUCCCUUGGUACUUUGCGCUCAACUUGCAUCAGAACCGCGAUCUGCUCCCCCAACUCAUGGGCAGCAUUGUCAAAGUUGCAAAGUAUCUAGGUCCCAAAAAUACUGCAUUGUCUAUUAUUGAAGGCAACUCGCCGGAUGGCACGUUUGAUGUUCUAGAGGCCAUGAGACCCGGCUUGAGAAAGAUGGGUGUAUACUAUCAUCUCGAGUCGUCCGACAUCGACCCGAACGAGGAGAAUGCCGAUCGCAUUGGCCGGCUUGCCGCGCUGCGCAAUCUUGCUCUGGAACCAUUAAUCAACAAUCAUGUUCACUUUUCGAUAAACUCGACGGUUAUCUUUAUCAACGAUGUCGCCGCUUGCCCCAACGAUAUUCUGGAGCUGCUGCUGCAGCGCAUCAAUCUGGACGCCGUCAUGACCUGCGCAAUGGAUUGGAACUAUCCUGGCGAGCACCCCGUCUUCUAUGAUGUUUGGGUUGCCCGCACUCUCACUGGAAACCCUUUCUUCUAUAUUCCAGCUGAUGGCAGUUGGGAUUACGCCUGGGAUCUCUUUCCUUACGACACUGAGGCCAAGAAGAGAUACAGUCAGCUUCGACCUUUUCAAGUGUUUUCAUGCUGGAAUGGUGCAACAGCGUUUUCGGCGCAACCCAUCCUUGAAGGCUUGCGGUUUCGCAAUGCGACCAACGGCGAGUGUCAUCAAGGCGAGCCACAGCUGUUUGGCAAAGACUUGUGGCUUCGAGGAUACGGCAAGCUGGCUGUUGUUCCAUCCGUCAACGUGGAAUACGGCGUGGAGAAUGGAAAACGAAUCAAAUCCUACAAGGGCUACACAGAAGAUAAUGUUGCCAACCACGACCUUGAAGGCGAUCGGUUCGAAUGGGUUACCAAGCCUCCUCCCAACGUCUUAUGCCAACAUGGCUGGCACAACCAAUACCCUCAACCGUGGGAUUAUGGUUUCAAAAACACGCAACCCGAGUUCUGAUGAGCGCACGACUAAAUUUUUAUUUUUUUUACUUUUUUUCUUGUAUACAUUGGCGUUUGGAUAGCAGGGGGCACUUAGAGAGACCACCACCCCCAUUUAUAGAGGUGCAUACUCACCGCAUAUAGACAUUUAGAGGCACUAUAAAAUCUUAACACUAUAAUAUUUUAUUCAUAUACUUUUUAAUUCUCCUU